AUGCCUCGCAACGGAAAGCCAUUUUCACGUCAUGCUUCAGUAACGCGGCAAAACCGACUAUCACACCAGUUUCACCGGAAUGCUUGGCUAGCACCUCUGUCUGAUGACAAGACUAUCUAUGCAGGAGUUUCAGGCUUCUUCUCUGACGACCAUACCUCGACGAUCGCAAUCGCAAUGCGAGACCCUACAUACCUACUGGAUUUCAUUCAAACGACCAUCAAAUCCGAUCCCGAUGGCCAGCUAGCGACCGACUUCAUCAUUUCCCAAUUGAAGCAAUACGCCGAAACCCACUUGGAGAAGAUCAUGGGGCUAGCUAUGCCUCGCCAUGUCGCAACCUUUUGCACAUCCCUCUGUUCCCGAGUCUGGGCUGAGAUCGAUGUGGUUCCUCUCGUUCUGCCAGAAUGUAAAUUGAUGAAUGGGUUCAUACUUCGCCAGCCAGCCACUACACAUGCAUGGGAUAGCAAGACCCUCGAUGAACAAGCGGAGUCCAUGUCGCGAAAAUCUGUUAGAUUGUUUGGUCCGGAAAACAUCCCCUUGCUGCAGGUCGGUUUAAAGGGCCUCGUGGAAGUCGACACAGCCUUCCACGUGCAAUUGACGAAUCUGAAUGACUUCCAAAAAACCGUCUCCGAGAGGACCUGGUCUGCGGUACUACAUUAUGCGGCCGAUCUCAAGGAACGAAAUGUGAAAAUUGCUUUUUUCAGCGCGACUCCGCAAGGUGGAGGUGUAGCUUUAAUGAGACAUGCUCUCGUACGAUUUUCACAUUCCCUGGGCACGGACAUCAAAUGGUACGUUCCGAAGCCACGACCAGGUGUCUUUCGAGUAACGAAGAAUAAUCACAAUAUUCUCCAAGGCAUCGCUCGCCCGGAAGAGCGACUGACCUCAGCGAAUAAGCAACUGCUCGAGGAUUGGAUUCAGGAAAACGCCAAGCGAUAUUGGACUUAUGACCCUCAGAUGCCGGGACUAAUCACGCUAGCCAAAGAAGCAGCUCCAGACCGGCCGAUCAUUUUCCGAAGCCACAUUCAGAUUCGAAGUGACUUGAUUGAGCAGGCCGGGACGCCUCAGGCCGAAUGCUGGGAUUUCCUAUGGAAUCAUGUCAAGCUAUCCGAUUGCUUCAUCAGCCAUCCAGUAAGUGCUUUCGUGCCACAGGUUGUGCCGCCGGAGAUAGUGGGAUAUAUGCCAGCUUCAACCGAUUGGCUAGAUGGGUUGAACAAGAAUAUGCGAGAUUGGGACGUGGCGCAUUACGGUCGUAUCUUUAAUGCUGCAUGCAAGAACGCGGAUAUGACCACGAUCCAAUACCCAGAAGAUCAGUACAUCGUGCAGAUAGCGCGAUUCGACCCAUCCAAGGGUAUAUUUGAUGUAUUAGACUCAUAUGAAAAAUUCCACGACCGACUGACUCGUGAACGGCCUCAUAUGACUCCCCCGAAGCUGCUGAUCGCCGGACAUGGCUCGGUGGAUGAUCCGGAUGGGGCGAUCAUCUACGAUGAAGUGAUGUACCAUAUCGCACACAGCAUCCCACACCUACGAGAUCAGAUUUGCGUCAUGCGGCUGAGGCCAUUAGAUCAGGUUUUGAACGCGCUCAUGUCCAAGGCAACCGUUGCAUUGCAGUUGUCAACGCGAGAAGGAUUCGAAGUAAAAGUUUCAGAAGCAAUCCAUAAGGGCAAACCUGUGAUUGCUACGCGCGCUGGGGGCAUUCCACUCCAGAUUUCCCACGGCCAGAACGGAUUUCUCGUGGAUGUCGGUGAUUCCGAUGCGGUUGCACGUCAUCUAUUUGACUUGUGUGUGGACAAGGCCCUCUACCACCGUAUGUCAAAGUAUGCCCUCAGCCACGUCUGCGAUGAGGUGAGUACAGCGGGGAAUGCACUCAAUUGGCUGUAUCUCGCAUCGAAGCUGUCCAAGGGUCAGUCUGUGCAACCUCAUGGUCGCUGGAUCAAUGAUCUAGCCUUCGAGGAGCUCGGAGUGCCCGUUACGGAGGGUGCGCCCCGGCUAACGCGCGACAUGCAGGUGGACAAGAUGGGGUAG